AUGGUCAAGAAAGUAUCACCCAAUCGCCGGAAGUCUAUCGCGGUUCCCAACCAGAAUCUGCCUUCGCUGGUCCCAAAGAAUAGGCGGAGAGCACACAGUAUAGUUCCUGGGGCGUCCUUAAGCCCUCUAGCCAAGGCACGACGAUCAUUGGCUCCUAGAAAGAGUAUUCUGAAGGCGUCCGUCAACGUACUCAAUCUUGAAUCUUCUUCUCAACCUUCAACUCAGCAAUCCCAGUCAACCGACGAUGCCACAGGCUCGAUGGAGGAGACCAUGGAUUUCACAGCACCGAUUCACGAUAACAGUUCCCGUAAAUCUUUCGGACGACGCGUUAGCUUUGCCAGCCACUCUCAUGUGCGCAUGUUUGAGCCCAACCAUACCAACAGCACCGGAUCACCCCAGUCUUCUCCAAGCUCAGUCCCAGAGGCAUCAUCACCCUCACAAGGGCCAACUGACGAGAACGACUAUCCGGGUCAGAAUUCUCGUCCACGGCGCAGCUCCGCUCGUUUCUCGAUGGCAGGCAGCGAAGAUAUGGAUUUGACUACGGUAAUAGCACCUGGUGGGUUCCAACGAGGUUCAGCCAUCCUCGAUGAAGAAUUCGACGACUUCGACUACGACCAAUCCUAUGGUGCCAAUGACAUGGAUGUCACGAAGGCCAUCCACGGUGAUUUUGCUCGGAAGCGCUCUCUAUCAAUGGGUGUUCGCCAGCCUCUCGCCCAACUAUCAGCAGAAGACUCCAAUGAAUCGCAUUCCGAUGUUGGCAACGAGUCGGUUCAGUCUGAAGGCGCAUCAGAAGCCAUGUCGGAGGAGUCGCAGGCUAUGGAAUUUACAAUUCCUCUUGGACAAUCUCUCCGACCUCCACCAGAGAAAGACGAAGCGUGGCUUGCCCUGAAGCAGAUGACCCACUCAGGCAACGAACCUACGGACCCGGACACUUCCUCAGAAGAUGUUCAUGGAGAGGACGAAAUGGAUCUAGAUAACGCCAUGGCUCGCUUGCGGCGCGCGAGAGACUCUCUGCCCCUGAUCCAAGUCCCACUACAAGAGACCCACGAUGAGAGCUUUACGAGUACGGAAGAUAGCUUCGACGAAGGAAACGAUGGUAAUAAGACUCUUAAUCUUAGCCAGGUUCUCGGCCGCGCGAGCCUUGGGGCAAACUCGCGUAUGAGCACAGGCUAUCAGGAAUCCAACAUGGACGAAUCCGAAGUAUACGGUAACAUUGGUGCCGUUGCUCAGCCAACUCCUCGCCACUCUCUGGACCCUCAACAGCGCGCCGAACCUGAACAAGUGACAGCCCCUUUGACCACUCCAACCCUUUCUUCGUCCGUAUUCCGUCCUCCCCCUCCCGAUGCAAAUCCUAAACCUUCGACGUCAACUGCCCAACAUGCACCCAAACUCACCACUCCCACACCGUUCUCCUUCACCCCAAGAGCUCCAUCACCCUCCAAAUCUAGACCGACCUCUUCAGAAUCGCCUUCGAAGGCCAAGCCGAAACCAACUUUCUCUGCAGCUUUCGCACCACCCGUGUCCCGCCCUUCGCCUAAGAAACCAGCUGCCCCAACUCAAUCUCACGACCCUCCUGCCAAACGACCCCAUUCCACGCAAACUGCCGAUUUGGAACAUAUGGAUGUCGACAAACCCAGUCCAGCGAAGAAGCAAACCCUGGUUAGCAAAUGGCAAGACGCAACUGAAAAACCUCCAUCAAUAGCUGCAACUCCGGCAUCAGCAAGCAAACCGAGACCUCUCUCUCCCAGUAAGAAGGUGCUGUUUGAAGCGCCUUAUUCCGAGUCAGCACAGGCUACGUCACGUCCGCCUUCUGCUUUGAGACGACCCUCAGGAUACUUCGCGAAAAGGAAGAGUCUUGCCGUCGGCUUCAGUGUCCCCUCCGAGAGUACACAAACCGUCAUGCCUUCGUCCCCAAAGAAGAAAGCCGGUAUCGGCCUUGGUCGUGUCAGUCUAGGGUCAGCACCAGCGGAUGCUUGGACGAGGUUUGACAAGGAUGCCGGUUCUGGAGUCCUAGAUAAACCCGUAUCGCAGAAAGGCAAGGAAAAGGAGGUUGAGGCAGCACACUCUGUACGUGAAACUACCAGGCAAGCAACUGCUGUACCUAGCCCGACAAGAGGGUCGCCUGCCCCAACUCGCGUUGCUGCUCCUACGCCCGCGCCGAGAGAACUGACACCUGAACCUCAACAUUCAGCGUCUAUUGUCCGUAGUGUGGUAGAGGCUCCAGAGGUUGCAGAACUCUCACAAGACAUAGAGGUCGACACCGAUGCGACACAACAAUGGCGCGAAGGUGUUCAGCAGAGUGAAUUCGUCGAAGAGGGAAAAGAGACGCCCGCGAUUUCAAUCACGCAAUUCUUCUCGAUGACGAACAUCAAAUUCAUGGACGAGCUGACUGCGCCCAGACGUUCUAUUCACCCCUCACAACAACCUACACGCCAGCCCCGCAGUCCAACAGAUAUUCCUCUUGCGGAAUAUGUCACUGCAAUGGCAAUCGACAUUCCGCAACUUGACCUAUAUUCCCGAGUGUCAAGAGACCUGGAGGGUUGGAUGUGUAAGAGUAGGCUUGUGUUUGCGCAGGCAGAGGAAGAGGCUGCCAAGGUCACGCCCGAAUUAUUCGUCGAGUACGCCAGAGCGGACGAAGAGGGACAAGCCGAGCUUAUGCACCAACUCAACCUAAUCAAAACGCACGUAAGGUAUCAGGCGAAGUCCGAUUGGUACGACUGGAAAUUGCAAUGGAUUGAGGGCCUACAUGUUACAGCGGACGAAGAGUUCGUAUCAUUGGAAAACGAUGCCCGAGCUUUGGAAGAUCUCAAGAAAUCCAUAGAUGGUGUUCUGCCAGAGUUGGAGAAGGAGUACGAAGAGCUCAUGCUCGAGCUUGAGCAAGAGCAGGCAGAAGUGAAGGAGAUUGAAGAGAGCGACCAGGACUACCUAAAUGAACUCAAAGCAACUAUCGCUGAGCAGAAUAUCGAGGUCGAGGCUCUCAAAGCGGAAAUCGCGGAGGGAUCUGAUCAAGUACGCUGGCUACAAGAACGCGUCGACGAGAUUGAGGCCCAGAAGCGCGAAGCGAAGAACACCAUCAGCACCGCUGCACGGGUUCUGCGCAUGAAGCAAACAUCAACACGGUCUGAAGUCUUCAGACUAAGGGGAGAACUAGAGGCUUUGGAAGACCUUCAUAUGUUCAGGAUAUCCAAAGUCAACGCCGACCUAUUUGAAUACGUUUACGCUUCCCUGUUCCAAGUCUCAAUACCGUGCAGAAACUUCGUGCCUAUUGUCACCAAAGUCAACAUCACUCGAUAUGCGAAAGCGGGCACAAGAUAUAAAGAUGACUUCCCGAAGCUUAGCGCCUUCCUUCUGGCCACAGCCAAGUACCAUAUCAAUGAGAGUGAGGAUCUCACGGUUCGUCAGAUUGUUCAUCGUCUGAACGAUUACUGGUCCUCUUGUGCUCAACUUCGAUCCCAACUUACCCUUCUCAGCAUCAAGUACCCCGUUGACAUCGUUGUGCCCCCACCGUCGCCUGAGAACCCGUCGCCGUCCUUCAAAGCUCGGGCCGCUGUCAUGUUCCCGUCGAAGACGGGCAGGGCGUUUAUCUCUUUCAUGUUCUCCUUCAACACACUAUCGCAAUGGCCUAUGUCGCUCAAUUCCUUGGAUUGCGAAGUUGACGUUGCCUAUGGAUCUAUGGAGCGUUCUGAAAUUCUGAAAUCAGUUAUGGAUCGUCUCAGUCAAGCCACGCCAUCGGAAAACUAUGCCUGCCUCCUGGACGCAUGUAUUGAGGCCCAGGAAUUGUAUCUUCGAUCAUAA